GCAAGCGAGCAGAGCGCGGAGCAGAGACACCAUGUACUCACUGGCCAGGACACCAGACAUGGGCCGGCUGCGAUGACUCCCUCACGAUGCUGGGUGAGCAACACCUGUCCCCCACAGCCAUGCAUGCCGGCUGCUGCUCCAGGCCACUCCCAUCCUGAAGCCCAAGAUGACAUCCAACAGCACUGGGGAGGUGCCCAGCCCCAUUCCCAUGGGGGCUCUGGGGAUUUCCCUGGCCCUGGCAAGCCUCUUCGUCACGGCCAACCUACUCCUGGCCCUGGGCAUUGCCUGGGACCGCCACCUGCGCAGCCCACCUGCUGGCUGCUUCUUCCUGAGUCUGCUGCUGGCUGGGCUGCUCACAGGGCUGGCACUGCCCAUGCUGCCAGUGCUAUGGAGCCGGAGCCGCCGGGGCUACUGGUCCUGCCUCCUCCUCUUCUUGGCUCCCAACUUCUCCUUCCUCUCCCUACUCGCCAACCUCCUGCUGGUACACGGAGAGCGCUACAUGGCAGUGCUGCGGCCACUCCAGCCCCCUGGCAGCACUCGGCUGGCCCUGCUCCUCACCUGGGCUUGCCCCCUGCUCUUUGCCAGCCUACCGGCUCUAGGGUGGAACCACUGGGCCCCAGGUGCCAACUGCACCUCCCAGGCUGUCUUCCCAGCCCCCUACCUCUACAUCGAAGUCUAUGGGCUCCUGCUGCCUGCCGUGGGAGCUGCAGCCCUUCUCUGUGCCCGUGUGCUAGCCACCGCCCACCGCCAGCUACAGGACAUCCGCCAGCUUGAGCGGGCAGUGUGCCGCGAUGCACCCUCGGCACUGGCCCGGGCCCUCACCUGGAGGCAGGCAAGGGCGCAGGCUGGAGCCACGCUGCUCUUCGGGCUGUGCUGGGGGCCCUAUGUGGCUACUCUGCUCCUCUCGGUCCUGGCCUAUGAGCAGCGCCCACCACUGGGGCCUGGAACACUGUUGUCCCUCCUCUCACUAGGUAGCGCCAGUGCAGCAGCCGUGCCCGUGGCCAUGGGCCUGGGUGAUCAGCGCUACACAGCCCCCUGGAGGGCAGCUGCCCGAAGGUGGCUGCAGGUGCUGCGGUCAAGAGCCUCCCAGGGCAGCUCUGACCCCAGCACUGCCUACAAUACCAGCAGCCAAUGCAGUGUCAACCAAGACUUGAACCAGGGGAAGGGCUUCUGACUCCUACCAGAAACAUCCAUCCAUCUCAGCCACCAAGCCCCUCUCCACUUGUCCCCACUUCUCUGGAUCAGAGACCCUACCCCUAUUUGAUCACACCCUGUCUGAAUAAAACUACUCUGGACUUU